GCUAUGUGUGUGCAAGAGGAAGAAAGGCUCAAGAAUGCAAAUGGUGGUUCUGUGAACUUUGUGAAAGGAAAGAACAAGAAGCCAUUCUACAACAAGAAAGCUCCAGAUGCCUCCACCUCCCAGAACAAGGGAGGAAGCUCUUCACAGCCUAAAGCACAGCCAAAGCAAGACAACCAGCACAGGCAGGAGGACCCGGAUCGCUGUAGAUGGUGUAAUGAGACAGGGCAUUGGAAGCAUGACUGCCCUAAGUUCAUGAAACAUUGCCUAGUGAAAGGGAUUCAGUGGAGGGAGAACCCUUCAAAGAGGAGAAAGACAGAUUAAGGUGGCCACUGGUGUUGAAGCUGAAGUUCAAGCUAUAGGAAAUUUAUCUCUAGAUUUAGCUAGUGGCUUCACCCUUGAGUUGCAUGAUGUUCUUUAUGUUCCCUCUUUAGCUAGAAAUUUAAUUUCAGUUUCAUGUUUGUCAGACUAUGGUUUUGAUUGCCAUUUCAGCAAGAAUGAUUGUAAGCUACAGUUAAAUAAUAAAUGUGUGGGUCUUGCCUUCCGACAAGACAAACUUUAUUUAUUA